GCGAGAGACACCGGCUCCGCCGCACGUUUCCAGGCGCCGGCUUCACAGCCGCCGCCUCCACUUCUACCGCUGCUUCUCUUUGUCCGGGGAAAGGAAGGAGGGAGGGAAGAAGGGAGGAGGAGUUGCUGCUGCUGCUGCUGCGGCACCAGGUGCAUCCUCGGAGCCCUCCAUCACCCUGCGCCCCUUCCCCCGCGCUCUGCGCCGCGCGCUUGGAGACCCGGGUCGGGCGGCCGCAGCUUCCUCGGGUGGGUACCCGCGGACAGGUUUCCAGCAGCUGGACUGGCUGUCUACUAAGGCAAAUUGUCACCAAUGGCAGUAAAACUUGUCUUCUGGUGCACUGGGUCUGAGGUGUGUGAAUAAAUGAACCUGGAAGGAGAACAGCAAAUACAUGGGAAAUGAGACAGGUCAGAUGGACUAACUGGCUCUCAUUCGGAAGGAACCUAACGGAUCAGUUAUCCUGCUGUAUGCCCUGAACAUUGUUUGGGUCUAGAAACUGUUCUAAAAAUGAUUAAAACAGGACAAAAACGUGACCGUGACAUGGGACUUCAAGCAGCCUGAGAAGUGGCUUCCAAUUAAUUGCUUUGCAAUUGGAAAGAAGCACUUUUAGAUUUCAUUGGGCCACCAGGAAAGGCACUUCUCCACUGAAGGGUUAAAAUGAGUGCCCCGUUGGUUCCCAACAAGUCCUAUUAUACUCAGGUGCAAGACAACAGAAAUGGAGUGAAAAAUAAUAAUGAAAGCAUCCCAAGCCUGGGAGAUACAAAUGCCAACCAAGUCACAUCAGAGGUAAGUCCCUCUGUUGGUGAGACCAAGAGAUGUGGUCUUGUAGAAGAAAUUGGAAAUGGAAACAUAGGUGGGUCAGAGACUAUCACCCAGAUUCGCAAGGAGUUUCACCAACUUCAUGGAUAUGGUAAAGAAGCCCAGAGUGGCCACAUCAGUCUGAAGGAGUUUAAGCUUGCUUCUACUACUCUACGAAGGGAUCUGGGUGAAGAGGACGUGGCGGAAGAAGCUGUAGAUAUCAUGUCGAUUCCUCAGCUGAUCCAGGGACCAGAGCUAUCCAGUCUGAAAAGUGUUGUGCAUGGGACCCACCCAGAGGUUCUUUCUGUAAGUGAAGCUGACAUUAUCCAGCAUGUGUCUAGGGAGAAACUGGCCAAAACCCAGGGUAGCAAAGAACUGAAAAGGCAUUCUUUGGAAAGAGCAAGCAGCUUUCCUGCUAAAAUGGAAGCAUUCACAAAAGAGCAUGCCAGUAGCCUGGCUCAUAAACACUUCCAGCCUGUUUUGCUUGAUUCCAUUGAAACAUCCUCACAUCAUGUUGCUGGUGGCACAGAGAUAUCAGAGACGACAUCAGCGGAUCACCUUCUAAGGGCAGUGUUUCAUCCACAUGACAAUACCUCAGAGGAAAAGAUUGUGUUUUAUCCUAAACCAUCUACCUCAGAAACCAAGGAAACUGUUCUCCCAGAGACCCACAUGGAUGGGAGAAAUUCUCCAAGUAUCAGCAUGAAAAGCACACCCCGUCCUGCACACAGAGAUUCUCCUCUCAUUUUCACUGCAGCACCUGAGGGGAUCUUGAACAAGCCAGAAGCACAAUUAGGUCAGGGAGAGGAGGUGCCCAAAUUGGAGGUGAAAAAGGUACCGACCCUACAGCCUCAUAUUGUUUGGGAGCAAAAAAUGCUCCAAGUUGAAAGCCUAGACUUGCCUAAGGCAGAAAGCAUGACAACAUUGGGGAAGAAAGGAUGGAUUGAGGAAAAAGAGGUAGGAAGAGGCCCUCCCCUUCAAGACCCAUGUGAUAAAAUGGCAGAUGCUGUUGUAAGUCAAGUAACAACUUAUGCAAAUGGUGGUCAAGUCCUUUCAGAGUUGGAGAGAGGAAGUAGGGGUAAUGAGAAGAUAAAUACUCUGUGUGAUAAAGGGUCUAUAGCUACUGCCCAGAAGCUGGGGUCCAUUCUCCCUGUUGCCUUAGGGACUGACAGUGAUCAGCUCAGUGGUGAAGGUAUACUAGACACAGCUAAGUGCUUGGGUGAAGCUGUACUUGGUAACAUUCCCAUAGUUGAUGGUCACACAGCAUUUACUCCUGAUGGUCUAACUGAGAGCAAACCUAAGAAUAAAGGCAUGGUAGUUGGAGGAACCCUCCCAGUUUCAGCUCUGGAUCCUUUGGGUCAAGCAAAUGGUGAAAGUGUGUCUAUUGAACAUCCCAUUCAUCAGGACAAUGGUUUAGAAGCAAUGAAGGAUCAUCAGGCUGCUGCCGCUCCUGAAAAUAAACCUCUUCCUGAUGAAGCAGCCAAUGAGAUUGAGACAGUUGCAGGAAGAACGGUUGGCCCUCUUAGUGUCCCUAGACCAUUCCAGGCAGUGACAGCUGUGGAUAUGAACCACCAGCCCACACCAUCCAACAGCAAUCUGAAGGACCUUUGCCCAUUUCACAAUGACACGGUGUCUUCUACCAUCCUACCUCCCGUCGACAGUGCACAGUUACUGAAUAUGUCUUCUAAAGUGCCUAAUAAGACUGCUUGCAACAGCGGGAUUCCCAAGCCAAUCUUGGUGCAUUCCAAGGACUCUCUUCCCAACCAGGGAGAGACUGAGAGUGAUUUUGUUGAGAGACCUGAAGAAAAGUUGGAAACAGAGCCCAUUAUCAUACCUAAACCCAAACAUGUGAGACCCAAAAUCAUCACUUAUAUCAGGAGGAAUCCUCAGGCCCUUGGUCAGGUGGAUACUUCAUUGGUUCCGAUGGGACUUCCUUAUGCUGCUCCAUCAUGUGGCAUGCCUGUGCCAAAAGAUCAGAAGACAUCAAGUGGUGACCUCAAACCAGCCACUAACCUCUAUGAAAAAUUCAAACCAGACUUGCAGAAACCACGAAUCUUCAGUUCUGGAUUGAUGGUAUCUGGGAUCAGGCCUCCAGGACAUCAUUUUAGUCAAAUGAGUGAAAAGUUUUUGCAGGAGGUGGCAGACAGACCUGGGAAAGAAGAAUUUUGUUCACCCCCAUAUACCCACUAUGAAGUACCUCCAGCUUUCUACCGAUCUGCCAUGCUUCUUAAACCCCAGCUGGGAUUGGGUGCGAUGUCCCGGCUGCCCUCUGCUAAGAGCAGGAUUCUGAUUGCAAGUCAGAGGUCUUCGAGUACUUCUCUUCAUCCACCAGGACCAAUUGCAAAUGCUACCAAUGUCUAUCAUUCUGAUCCUUCAGCUGAUUUGAAGAAAGCCUCUGGUUCAAACUCUGCAAGAGCCAACCUCCCCAAAUCUGGACUUCGCCCUCCUGGGUAUUCCCGUCUCCCAGCAGCGAAACUGGCAGCGUUUGGUUUCGUCAGGAGCUCCAGCAUCUCUUCUGCCUCUAGCAACCAGUCAGCAGACAGUGUCCAAAGCGACCAGAACAAAACAGCCCACCGUUCCAGCUUUGUAAAUGAAGACCAGCCUGCUCCAAAGGCAGCUGUGCUUUCUAAAGAUGCACCCAAGGGGACAGGUCGGACCACCGCACAAGCAGCCAACAUCGUGACCACUCCCCGCCGGAGUCUGCUUCCUGCCCCAAAACCAACUUCCACUCCUGCUGGAUCAAAGAAGGAGGUGCAGAAAGAUCAAGAAGCAAAUAAACCUGCUGUUUCAUCACCUAAAAGAUUGGCAGCUUCAACUACGAAACUUCACUCACCAGGAUACCCAAAACAAAGGGCUGCCAUUCCAAGAAAUGGGUUUGCCACCAAACCAGAUCCACAGGCCCGGGAGGCGGAAAGACAGUUUGUUCAGCGACUGAAGGAAAAGUGUGAAGAGCAAUCCAAGCAACUCAGCUAUGUUCAGGGAGAACUGAAAAGGGCCAUUCGAGGCUUUGAAGUGUUUGCUGUGUCUACUCAACAUUUCUUUGGAAAGAAUGAAAGUGCCCUUGUGAAAGAAAAAGAGCUGUCAAUCGAACUUGCAAACAUCAGGGAUGAAGUUGCCUUCAAUACAGCAAAAUGUGAGAAAUUACAAAAAGAGAAAGAGGAUCUGGAGAGAAGGUUUGAGGAUGAGGUGAAGAGACUCCGUUGGCAGCAGCAGGCUGAACUCCAGGACCUGGAGGAAAGGUUGCAGCAACACUAUGUGGGAGAAGUGAAAUGCUUACAGGAGGAACACCGGAUGCAGCUAAUGAGGCUCAAGUGUCAGCACCAGGAGCAGGUAGAAGAUAUCUCAGCCACCCAUGAGGCUACCUUGUUAGAGAUGGAAAACAACCAUUCUGUUGCCAUUGCUGUCCUCCAGGACGACCAUGAACACAAAGUUCAAGAACUGAUGUCUGCCCAUGAGCUUGAAAAGAAGGAAUUGGAAGACAGUUUUGAAAAACUGCGGUUGUCGCUCCAGGACCAGGUUGACACCCUCACGUUUCAGAGCCAUUCUCUGCGGGACCGGGCGAAACGAUUCGAGGAGGCUUUGAGAAGAAGCACCGAGGAGCAACUGGAGGUUGCACUAGCUCCCUACCAGCACUUGGAAGAAGACAUGAACAGUCUGAAGCAAGUCCUAGAGAUGAAGAAUCAGCAGAUUCACCAACAGGAAAAGAAGAUUAUCGAGCUGGAAAAGCUGGCUGAAAAGAAUAUUAUCCUAGAAGAAAAAAUCCAAGUGCUCCAACAGCAAAAUGAAGACCUCAAAGCAAGAAUUGACCAGAACACUGUUGUCACGAGACAGUUAUCAGAGGAAAAUGCUAACCUUCAGGAGUAUGUGGAAAAAGAAACAAAGGAGAAGAAGCGGUUAAGUAGAACCAACGAGGAGCUGCUUUGGAAACUCCAAACUGGGGACCCCACCAGUCCAAUUAAACUCUCCCCCACGUCCCCCAUUUACCGCUCUUCCUCGGGGCCUCCGUCGCCAGCCAAGAUGAGCACGGCUCCGAGAUGACAGCGUCAGUCUUCAUAUGCCCCCCAGCUUCUCGGAUCCCCUGAGAGUUUUCAUCCUAAGAGAGUAUUAACAUGAGUAGGUGAUACCUGAGGUCUGCUAUUGUCUGCAUGCUUGGUAGUGGCAUUCCCGUGUCCUAGAAGGCGUGCUCUUCUCAUUCCAGUCUAAGAAGUUUUUGGUCUUGGCCCUCCAAUGUCCUUGAAAAGUGUAAUCCUUGUAGUCUGGCGUGUAAACUUUUUUUUUUAUUAUUAUUACUAUAGUUAGAGCCAAAAGACAGAAAGCUCUGAUGACUGAUUGUCCUUCUAAGGUGAACUUUCACUGCAAUAUUUCAGGUUAGUUACAAACAGUUCGAUUUGGAAUAGACCCUCGUGUUAUGUACCACACCAACACGUGUGUAUCUCUAGACAUGUAUACAGAUAUCCUUGCAGCUGUUCUGAAUUGCAUUUUUUAUAACGCUAAGUGCUGAUGUAUUUUAAUGAUAGUCAGCAGUUUUCUAACUUGUGCCUAAGAAUUAUAACUAAAUUAGAUGCAUUUCUGUCUAGCCUCCCAGGAAUAUUUCUACCCAAAAUAGAAAAAGGAAAAAAAAAAAAGAAGAAGAAGAAGAAGCGCCUUCAGCCAACCACCAAGUGGUAACCCUAUUUAACAUGAACACCAGCGAUUUGUGAUAUGGUAACUGCCUUCACAACAAUCAGCUUCUUAUUCCACUUGUUAUUAUGAGAUCACUAUUAUUCCAUUUGCAGAUUUUAAUUAUUAGUAUCCUUGCUGUGAGUUGAUGAGGAACAGCAGCAAGAAACCCUGAGGGGUUGCAGCGGUUUCUCAGAUGUUUUUCAUGACAGUGACUCAUAUGUAUUCUCCUAAACACAAGUCUUUGCUUUGUUCCUAAAUGACAUUUCAGAAGCAAUCAGCAAGCUAGCGUGCAUUCAGAGAGUGGUCCUUCCAGAGUGAAGAUGAGAAAGACCACAGCAGGGACCAAGACAUUUUUGGUUCCCGUCUCAAAAAGCUUCUCCUAGAAUCGACAUUUCCCUUAGAGCAAAGUGUUCAGGCUGGCCCCAGCCUUUUGGUUUGAGUUGCUCCAGCUUCCCACAAUCCUCUGGAGAGAUGCUUGAAAAUGGAUAGACUACAUAGUGCUACGUUAGGCCCCCCACACUAGAGGCCACUAUCCUAACCACCCCACAUUUGGACUGCUGGUGGGGAAGGUGAUGUCAGCAACUUCCUGAGAACUGGCCAGCCCAGAUGCAUCACGCCCUGAGCUUUGCUAGAUCAUCACGUGGAGACCCACAGAUACGGCUUCAUCUUAUUCCGUGAUGAGCCCGCAAAGCAGCGGAUGAUGGUCAUUCCCCACCUUGGCCUGGCCAGUUCUCCCAGAAGGAACCACAAAGUCAACAACCAGAGUUGACCGCUUGUUCUCUAUUGUUUGCCCAAGUGGGCCAGAUUAGGCCACCUGCCUACCCCAGUGCUAAUAUCUGGGACGAUAGAAUAGAAUGUGAAAGGUGUUCUGUGGUACUGUGGCAGUGUAGGAGCGUGGCUUACAAAAGGAAAAAAAAGAAUAGUUUUAAAAGAUGUGAUGAUGGUAGUGGUGGUAAUGGUGAUGCCAUUAUUUUGUGUUUGUGGCAAGGGCCCUAUGUGUUCCCGACCCCACCCUGGAGUCUUCUCCCUGUGCCAAGCUCUGAGCAGGCUUGAGGCAAGAACACCAGCAGACAGGGUCGGAGAAAAAGGAAGCUGAGAAAAGGCGCAGGGAGAAUUGUCAGGGUGCCCCACAGACCGUGCACAUGUAGUCAGGCAUAGACAUGCUGCUCACAGACAUGUCUGGUACGGGUAGAUGUAUGAGGCGACUUGGACCCUGGCACGGCUAGUUUCCAGCAGAUCUCCAAGCGUCUCUUGCCCACUCCAGGACAUGAAAAUUAGGUUAAAGCUUAAGAAACAUUUAUUUUUCUUUUAGUGGCUUUGCAUGAUGCUGUGAUAUUGAGUACGUUGGGCGUUCUGUUAGAAUAGAUCAUGCCAUAUUGACUAAGAGUUUUGAAACACAUGACUAGAUGUAAUUUACUUAGCAAGUACAACUUACAGGUAUGCGCACAUCCCCAAGCAUAGUUCCUUAUUACAGCAAUUUCCACUUUGCACUUGCUAAAUGCAGCUUCCCCGGCAAUACAUAUUUCAGUGUUAUGUUAGGUUACAUGAUGAUGCAAUGUGUUAGAACGUUACAGUAAAGAGUGAUAGCCAUGUUAGAACAAAAUCCCUUACUGGACUGACUAGAGCUUUGGACUGACCUGACCUUGGCCAGCUGAGUGAGCCAGAUGUGGCCCUGGCUUUGUCCCCCAUCAGUCAUGGUGCUUCACCUUUCCCCUCACCCGUGUUGAAAGACAUGUAAGCAACAGCUGCUCCCCCUACUAGCUCCCAGAGAACUCAGGCCCCCCUGGAAAUGAAAGACUCUCUUCUCACUCCCUUCCUCUCAUCUCUCCAGAACUCUGUUCGUUGUCCUGUGCAAGGCAGCCCAGCUCACAAUCUACCUGUUAGCUCUGAAAUACUCCACAGAACAUCCUUCUCACUCCCCUCCACCAACCAGGUCCAUUUCUGAUUACCUCGGACCCCUUCACCAGACUGAGACUGGGCUCCAACUGAUCAUUGAGGCUGUGUAGGAAAGGUUGGUCCCAAGAAGUGUCUGUGUGGGUUUGUGUGGGUGUACAGACACACACACAUACACACGCGCACACACACACAAACACACAUACACACACGUGCAGAGGUAGUGAUUACCACAGGGCCUUUGUGGGAUUUGUUGGCAUCCUGUGGUUAGAUUUUACAAGAUCAUCCCUGUCUUUCCUAAAAGUAGUCCAUGGCACUUAAAGUGAAUUGAAACUGUCCUGUGGGGAUCUUAUAAUACGCCUUGAGAUAAUUAGAGACCCUUCCCCUGACUUAGUGUUAUAAAACUAAUGUUGAGAAAUAGUAUUUUAGAAACAAGGAAGGAGCUAUUUUUGCAUGGGAACUCUUGCUGUGUCUACCAACUUAUUCCCCUAAUUAGCCCCUAAAAUCUCCUUGGGUCUGCAGGGUAAGAUUUCUUGGUCUUCAUUCCCAUCCAGGCUCUGUAGGCAACUCAAGAUACUCUGGAGAGCAGAGUGCUGCUCAGGAAGGUUAGUGAUGGGCUGUGUCCUGGUCAAUCAGAGUGAGAGAAAUUGUGCAUCAAUAGAAAAGGAGCAAUGGGAGAUUCAUGACAAAUUUCUGCUGUCAUAUGUUUUUUAACACCAUUUGUUUUCAAAUCAAACCUCAUUGGAAGCACCCUCUUUAGCACAUGCCCCUGGAUUCAUUCAGAGUAGAUUCUGCCCUUGGAGAAGAAAGGUUUCCAGUCUACAUGCCAAGCAGGGAGCUAGCUUAUUGACAGCUGCUCCCCUUUCAAAGUAACAACAGCCCCUGGUAACUGGUCACCAAGACCCUAGGCCCGACAAGGGCCUAGUGAGAGCUAGAGGACUCUCUACACUCUGCAACUACAGUUUUAAGAGUGAAAUAUCAGUUCUUCCCUCCAGGUAAAUAAGCUUAAACACAUGCAAGUGGGAAUCUUCAUUCCUCCUGAGAUUCACUGUCGGGAACAUCAUUAGUGAACCCAGAAGGCUCAUCUAUAUUUCUACUUGCCUCCUAAGGUAGGGCUCCCUCCAUGGCAACCAGAUCCUUCGGUUUGGCCAUCCCAAAAAUUGUAUGGAGUGUAGGAAAACCACACCUAAAUCUUCUAGUUAUUUUUGAAGGAUUCCUUUUUUGUUUUUGCAGGAGCGUGAGUUUAUAGAGGGUAAUUUUUAUAUUACCUUCAGGGAAAAUCUAUUUUCUUAAGGCAGGUUUGAUAAUAGAGCAAAACAGGUGACCCUUCAGGACUUAUUAAGUGAACCCAUUGGUCAGUAGCUUUCUUCUAGAUUCCUGAAAGCUUAUCUGACCCUCUUAUCUGCUCAGAUAAAAAGAAUGUACUUUUAGCAAGCAUUAUAAAGCGGAAUCAGGACUACAUUUGUUUGUAUGGAUUAUCCUCAGUGGUAAAUUUUGCUUUCAAUUUGAUUGACGUCUCCUUAAUUACUCUAGAAAUACCCCCAGACGCUUUAUUGAUCAGCAGCUGUGCUAAUUUUUUUCUUUUUGGAGUCUUCUUGAACAUAGACUCUUGGGAACUCCCUUACUCAUUCAUCUCUCCAAUAAGAGCUAAAAAAGGUCAUGUCUACUUAAGUUGGCACGGUGCAUUUGUUCAAAAAAGGAGAUGGUCAGCCUCCGGAUGGAGAGCGUUACAUAGGAAUCAAGAACAAUUUAGGCUGAGACAACUGAACAGCUUCCCAGCUGCUUCUUCAUCACAUCUCUAAUGUUGUUCCGUUAUUUUAAUUGAAGGCAGUUCUCAAAACAUGUCAAGACAACACGCAUACCCAAACAUUCCCAAGACAAAUUUAAAUGCUUUGGGAAUCAUCCCUGCCUCAGACUGUCCACACCUCUCUUGUCUUCCAUAACAAAAAGUAGACUCUACUGCCCAAAGGAGUAUGAGAAAUGUGGAGCUGACCCCAUGAAAGUUUUUAAAUACAACCUGAAACCCAACCAUAGACUUUUCCUGAUCUGAAGCUUUUUCUUCCCUCUUCAUGACACAUUAGAUCUGAAAGGUCAAGUGGUUAACAGCACCAGGGGAUGGACCUUGGCGGUAGAAGACAAUUUACCCCAUGCAUCAUGAAGCCUGACUUUUACUUUACCCACUACGCCAGGGUUUGCUCUCCUGCAGGACUGGACUCAGGAAUUCCCAGGACUCUGCAGUUUUGAAGGCUCCUGAUAUUUAUUUGUGAAGCCCCAGCCUGCCACAAUCUUUUUUUUUUUCCUGAUUUGUAAAAUGCAUUCCAUUCCAUUAGCCUUGGACAGCCACACUAACAGAAAACAAAGUCCGUUAUGCAUAUGCUUAACACUUUUCAUUUUAUUUAAAUGUAUCUUGGCUACCAGCCUAGAUGGACUGUCUAACUUCUCAUUGCUCAGCUCUCCCAUGUCCUCAAUACUUUUAGGAACAGAAAAUACAAACACCUAUGGGAACCUAUGGAAAGAUAUUUCUUCCUUCCCCCUUUAUAAAAAUAGCUCAACCACUCCACUCCUUGCAAAGCCCUGAGUCUGUUAGGUGUAGACAAGUGCCAAUAAUGAGGUGUAUGAAAUGACUCACUCUAAAUGUCCACGUGGCACCCUAAAGCUUCCUUUGCCUGUGACUGUGGUCUUUUGAAUAGAGGUUUAGCCUGGCCAGGCCUUACUAUUCCAUUCAGAAAUUAAUAGGCAACAUUGAUCACACACACUGUGCUCACGGAAUGCUGCAAAACGUCAUCGGGCCCAGAGCCUGCAAGCCUGAAAAUGGCCUGGGUCAUGAAGGGACCCAUCAGAGCUCAUGCCGUCACCAUAAAUGUCAAACCUUUGGGGGCAACAAAGCUCAAGGUAGCUUUGAAUCUGACAGGUACAGCUGAAAGACUGAACACUCCAGAUAUGGCUGGCUUCUCAAAUAUUCAUUGUGUCCACCACCAAUGGUUGGGUUUUUAUUGUUGUUUAAUUAUAAAUUCCACAAGCCCACCAUAAGGCAUUCAGGCUGCCUGGAAAAGGAAGGGUCACAGCCCACCUAGUCCACUGGAUGGCACUGUUGUCCAUAGGAUUGUAACCAUAUGCUUGUUUUCUGGCCUCCAUCCAAAAGCAGUCUUUGGGGUCAGAUUCCCAAAACUCCAGAUCCCUGAUCCAUCCCUUCCACCCCACUCCCCAACAACUGUCUUCCUCAGAAAGAAUCCAAUGUAGACCUGACUGACUCCUUGAAUAGUUAAGGAACCAAUGGAAUAUAUCCUUGAGUUCAGGGGCAUAGGGUGGAGAUUCUUUCUCCUUUUUAACUUUCUAAUUAAAUUCCUCAUUGGGCUUCAGGAUGCUGCAGACAAGUGAACUCCCCUUCCCCUUCCCCCCUCACACCUGUCCCCCACCCCUUUUUGUUUUGAUAGUUGAGUUUUAGGUAAAAAAAAAAUAGUUCCUGCCUUUCACACCAAGCUCACCGAUGAUUGAAAAUGUCAUAGGUGUGUAGAAAUGAUCCGUUUCACUUUGGGGAGGGAGGGGGUGGGUGGGGGAAUGAAAACGAAAAUCAGGUAUUUGAUGUCUCUGCACUGAAUGCAUUUGUGUCCUGUGGACACAUUGCACAUCCUUAUGUAAAGGGUUGGUUUUUUUUUUUCCACACCAUCUGAGUUAGUCUGAUUAAUAUGUGGUUGACAAAUUACACGAAGAGUUUGUGUUGAGUCCUGAUGUACAGAUAAGUGUAAUAUAUUCCUGAUAAUAAACACAUGCUCCAAUGCCAAUGGGACGGAAGCAUGUAAACAGCUGA